AUGGCUGAACUGACUCAGUGCCCCAAGCCUGGCUUCUGGGCUGUCUUCAUGGGACUGGCUGAGCAGGCUGUCUGUGACCCCUCAGAAUUCAGCAAUAAAGAAAUUGCGGAAACGGUUGCCUCACUCAGUAUCGAGAGUACAAUGUCUCCACUUCCAUUUGAGAUUUCACAAAUUCUUACGAUGGUGCUCGGCUUCAUGGUAUUAAUGCAAUCAUCUCUCCUCACGAGUCCAUCGAAUCUUUUGUGGUUGAUGAAAUCCAUCUUUUCGAUUUUAUACGAGUACAUCUUGAAACCUUACAUUACGUUCUUUCAACUCGUCGGUCCUGGUAAACUUCUUUAUCUUGCCGUCGAAACAUCGUCAAUUUUCCUUCUCAUCGCUUUCUAUUAUCUAUACCGUGGUUCUAUUGCAGGCUUGGGAUACGGAGUCAAACUUCACAGACCCAGAGAGGCACAAAGUAUCACUGAAAUCCCGAACAUUGCUCCAAAUUGUCAACUCAGAGAAUGCACUAUCUAUCUCUCGGCAUGGUGUAACAUGCCUUUCAACUUGAGAGCUAUGAAGACCAACAUAGUAAACAAGUUCGGCGAUAAAAUAGAGGUUUAUAAAGGAGAUGAAAAAUUCCAUUUGGGAUGGAAAAGGAGAGUCAGGUUUAUUUCUACGGAAUACAUUCCCAUAUUCAAAGAGAUGGUAGGAAAUCUAUGUGCCCGUCUCAGAUGGACUCAUGCAGCUCUUUUAUUGCUGCUUGUGUUGAUCAUACAGAUACCAGCCGUGUCAACGAAUGCUCAGUUAAUACCAGGCAUUGUUCUUCAGUGCCCUGGUUUGGCGGCAGGAGUGUUUUCCACCUGCUAUCGGUAUAUGGAAGCAGCUGUGAUAAAGAAGGCUCAAUUAGUACCAGGAAUUUACAAUCAAUGCCUCGUUGCGGCAAAAGAAGUACUCCUCCUCGGCUACCAGUAUCUGAGAAAAUCCUUUUUGGAGUCUACGGCGAGAUAUCGCAACCUCGACUAUGAAAGUAUGAAUGAAGGACUCCGUAAAGAGAGAAGGAGCGAAGCUAUGCGUGCGGUGGAAGUGGGCGAUGAGUAUGAAGUUGUUUAUGACAGGACACAAGCUUUCAUUGCGCGCUUCCGGAAUGUCAAUAACAUAGUGCGAGAUGGAUUAUUCAAUUUGCUUUGGGUUUGGUUUCUUUUUAGCUUUUUGCCAUGGAUACGCCAUGUUUUGCGAGAAAGAAAUCGUCGAGCUGUAGAGGGACGCAGGACGGAAAGACCUUAG